AUGCCUUCAAAUUACCGCGUUGUUGAACCGCACCCUUCCGUGCCACAUGCGAGUCGACCGGCAGUGUACACUGGCCGUGGAGGAUGCGGGAAUGUCGUCAGUCUGAGGAACACCAAGACCACCGAGGCGCACACCGCAACCGGCCCUGCGUCCCUCACUCGUCUGGAUUCGCGAGCCCCAACAACAUUCACCUCGGGUCGCGGCGGUGCCGGCAACGUCCACAGCAGCAGUGAGCGCGCCAUCUUCAGCUUCGACGAAGAGCUCGAGCGGGACAUGCGCCGCGCCGCCCCCGUCUACCACGUCGGCCGCGGCGGUGCCGGAAACACCAUGUACCGCGACGACUCCAGCAGCUCCAGCCUGAGCCGCAAGUACUCCGCCGCCAGCACGGCCACCAACUCCAGUACCGGUUCCGUGGCAGACCGCGCUCGCGACAUGGCCCGCCGUGGUCUGGAGAAGGGCUGGGGCAAGCUCAAGGGUACCGCUUAA